GUGGCUGUGGCUGCUUGCCAAUGUGAUAAGAGCCCGCCUCCUUUAACCAGGACAUAAAAACUUCACCAGCCUUCUUAUAGAGAAAGCAGGCGUUUCAUCUGCUCACUCAGAGAAGUCCCUGCAGCAACCAUGGCCACCUUUGUGGAGCUCAGUACCAAAGCCAAGAUGCCCCUUGUGGGCCUGGGCACUUGGAAGUCUCCCCCAGGCAAAGUCAAGGAAGCUGUGAAGGCGGCCAUUGAUGCUGGGUAUCGCCACUUUGACUGUGCCUAUGUGUAUCAGAAUGAGAAUGAGGUGGGAGAGGCCAUCCAGGAGAAGAUCAAAGAGAAGGCUGUGAGGCGGGAGGAUCUCUUCAUUGUCAGCAAGCUAUGGUCUACCUUCUUUGAGAAAAGUCUGGUGAAGAAAGCUUUCCAGAAAACCCUCUCGGAUCUGAAGCUGGACUAUCUGGACCUGUAUCUAAUUCACUGGCCACAGGGAUUUCAGGCUGGGAAUGAGUUAUUACCCAAAGACAAUAAAGGCAAAAUUCUCAUGAAUAAAUCCACAUUCUUGGAUGCCUGGGAGGCCAUGGAGGAACUAGUGGACCAGGGGCUGGUGAAAGCUCUGGGCGUCUCCAACUUCAACCACUUCCAGAUUGAAAGACUCCUGAACAAGCCUGGACUGAAACAUAAACCAGUGACCAACCAGGUCGAGUGUCACCCUUAUCUCACCCAGGAGAAACUGAUUCAGUACUGUCACUCCAAGGGCAUCACUGUCACGGCCUACAGUCCCCUGGGUUCCCCAGACAGACCUUAUGCCAAGCCAGAGGAUCCCGUAGUAUUGGAGAUUCCCAAGAUCAAAGAGAUUGCUGCAAAGCACAAGAAAACAGUAGCUCAGGUUCUGAUUCGGUUCCAAGUACAAAGGAAUGUGGUGGUGAUCCCCAAGUCUGUGACACCCUCACGCAUACAGGAGAACAUUCAGGUCUUUGACUUCCAGCUGAGUGAGGAGGACAUGGCUGCCAUUCUCAGCUUCAACAGGAACUGGAGAGCCUGUGGCCUGUUUGAUGCGUGUAAUGAAGAGGACUAUCCUUUCAACGCGGAAUACUGAAGUUAAUUCGCCUGAUGAGAUUGCCUAGCUACCAUCUGGCAACGCAGAAUUGAAGAUUUUGUGUUCAUCAAGGAGCAGACUCUCACAGGGAAAUGUGACUCCAGAGAAACUAAGGACAAUGGCUCUCACUAGUGAGCAAAUGCUUGUCGUCAGGAACACGUGGUAUGGUAACACUGAAGACACAAUGAUAAAACAAUAAAAAGUAAUAAUAGUAA